GUGAGUGCGAUCCACGGAACUUUAUAGCCAAGCAGAGUGUACGACCCAUUUGCGGAAUUUCUAGCCGCAGCCGGAGAAAGGCGUCUGCCAACGAGGAUCGCUGAUGAUUGCGAAAGGGGCUACCCAUCGGUGACCAUCCCGGAGUGUUUGGUCGGUCCCCAACUGACGCACCCCCGGAAAUAUCCCUCGGAAAUUGUUCAUCGUAGCUGAAAAGUGAAGGCGAGAGAGAAAGAGAGCAACACAAAAAAAAUCAGUUAAACAGUACUGCCAGUGUAAUUGAAAGUCACGCCAUUUGAUAAAACACAGCGUUUGCACACGCGAAUCAGAUCACAAAUCGAGUCAAGUCCACGUGGCUUUCGUGUGGAAAAACCAAGAUGGCCAAGAGUUGAAAUUACAGGCACAAAAAGUGCCUCCGUGGUGUGAGUGUUCACUGCUACACGUGGCGUGAAAUCGUGCAGUGAAGUGGAAAAGUUGGGUUGAUUGCCGCGACACGUGGUGACGGAGGAAGCUGACAGCAGGCCCUGUCAGAGGAAGCGGAAAUUUGCGCGCCGGGCAAACACACACCUUGAACACACUCGCCAUGGAAUUGAGGAUUGCACCGGUGAUUAGAUUUGUCACGAUAGUAACCGCACUGCUGAAGCUGACCGUGGUUAGCUGUGUGCCUAUGAAAUAUGAGAUCGGCUACCGGAACAGUAUCGAUCUGGACGCGGAACAGACCGAGGCCCGGUACGACCAGGGCAUGCUGUCGGACAUCAUGAACGACGACCGGGUCGAGCUGCAGAAGGCGGAAAGCUGCGUGGCAGACAACUUCAAGUACGACCAUGGACAGAAGAUCCAGCGGUACGACCCGUGCGAAAUUUGUCUCUGCAUCGACGGAGAGAUCUUCUGCUGGUGGAAACAGUGCGACGUGCCAACAAAGCCCGAACUAAGCGGAAAUCCUGCGGCCGUCAUCGACACGACCAACCGACUGCAGCUGACCAAUCCAUCGUCUACAACUUCAACGACGACGACGCCAUCGCCAUCGCCCCUUCCAUCGUCCGACGUCCUGUCACAACUAUCGCCGGCCCAAUCCGGUUCAUCGUCAACGACCACCACCGUCACUUUAUCAGCGAUAUCAUCAACGACGACCACCGGUUCAGUGACACCAGAGCCUUCCCAGGCGGCAGUGCUGCCAUCGUCGUCACCGGACGAUGCUGGUGGCACGGCGGCCGUCAGAAUAUUGCAUCCGCCACCACCGGAAAGCAUCCCGCAGAACAUUCUGUCAUUCCCGCAGACACCGCCCAUCAUGAUGUAUCGGCCAGUGGUGCCAGCGAUUAAAAACGGAACCAGUGCUGCCAUCCCACUGCUCGCGGGUGAACAGCGGAACAAACAUCGGCCGCUGAAAAAGGUCAACCCGUUCCACGGUGGCAAAAAGCCCUACCGGAAGACACCGCAAAAGAGCAGCAAAGAUUACGCGAUAAACUUUGGCCAGAUUGAUGGGAGCACUGGCAAGAUGGCGUCGGUGGCUGUGGUGGCGCCCCCGUCGAUGACCGAACGGAUUACUUCCGGGCCGCCGGUCAGUUUUGACGAAGUGGCAGGCCGGUUAACCGUCGGCGACCGGAACGAUGGUCAGGAGGCCUGGCGCCGGAAGCAGCAGGAAGAGGAGGAUGAAGAUGGCGAAGAUGACGAUGAGGAGGACGAGGAUGACGAAGAAGAUGAAGAUGGCAGUGCGGAAGCGGAACUGCGAGGCCAGAUUUAUGACGGUGGAUCGCGAAGUGGUCGCGUGGAUGGGAGCAGAGCCGGAAGUAAAGGCGAUGCCGACAGCGUCGGCGGCCAGUUCGGUGGCUAUGGCUACGGCAUGUUCAAAGAGCCGGACGAGGACAAACAGCCGCCCCAGCACUACAUCAUCACUUCGUCGGGCCACGUGGAAAUGUUUGACGACGACGCCGACGGCAGCAUGGAGGCCACGGAGAACGCCUUCGGGCUGAAUCGAUUCCCGGUGGCAGGCAGCACAACUGGCCAACCCGUGGUUACGGGCACGCUCGCCUUCGGUGAAGGAGCCAUCGCGGGCGGUCAACCGGCGGUUCCACCGUUGAUCACGAUGACAACCAACGUGACACAGAACUGGAAUUAUUCCGGUCAACAGCAGGAUGGCACUUCCGGUCAGGGACCGCCCCCGUUGACCCCGUACGCGGGGUCCGUCAUUGACGUGCUCAACUCGACGACGGUGGAUGGCGUUGGGGGUGUAGGUGGCGGUCUGGACUAUCUGGACGACAAUCAGACCGAGCUGAUUUAUCCGGCCGUGCCGGGGCUGACCGGGGGAAGUGAAGGGGACAGUGGCAGCAACAGUAGGAGGGGGGGUGGUUCUGACAGGCAGACAGGACCGGUGACGGUGACGACGACGACGACGACGACCGGUGUUACCGGGGCCAGUGACUCGUCGAUGACCACGUCGGCGAGUAGUGGCGGGAGGAUGGUGGAGAAGCAGGAGAAGCACUGCGUUGUGAUGGGUGUGCCGUACAAGGUGGGCUCGGUGUUGAAGCAGGAAACCGGCAACUGUCUGCACUGCGUCUGUGUGGCCGGUCCGGAGAAUGAUCCGGUGCCCCGGGUAACUUGCACGCCGCUCAACUGUCCACCGCUCAUCCUGCCCGACAUUCUGGACGGUGCGGGCUUCUAAGAAGAAUAUUUACAUCACCACCAGAAUAACAUGUCCUUCAAAAACCAACAACAUCCAAGGACAGCAAAAAAAAACAACAACAAAUCAAAUCAACAAUCCCAGCUCGGCUCGGCGUUGCGUCAACACUGAUAGGCGCGAAAUAGGACAUUUAAUUUCCAACGUUUCAACAUAAACGCAGAGAACUGCCGCCAACAUAAAAAAAACACUAUUAUUUGCUCUACCAAACCUAGGAAUAUCACAUCUAUACUUUAACUGGUGUAAAUUAAACAGGAAAACGAGUUGAAAGCAAAAACUCUAUAUAUUCGUGAAUGUUUAAGUGGAUGCGAUCGUAGCACUAGUGCAGAGUCAGUGCCAGGCAGUAGUUGAAAUCGAAGGUGAUUGAAUUUAGUGACUAAUGAAAUUAGCGAGAUAUUUACCUUAUUGAUGACAAAAAGAAGGACACAUAUUUAACUAGUAAGAGCUUGUGUAUUAUACUAAAACAACAUCAACAACAACAACAACAACAAUGAGACAGUAAAUCACCGCAGUUUUGUUUGUUCUCUAGGUGUGUGCAUGUGUGCGUGUGUGACUGUACAGAAAGUAUCCUCCAUGACGGUAUUUUUCUCAGCAACAAAAAAAAAAAGCUGAAUCCUGAAACAGUUGGAAUAGAACAGCUCCAAACCCGACCAAGCCA